UUGCUAAUAACGACAUAAUUUUUACGAAUUUUUCACAGAAUUUGGUAAGCAUGGGUUUAAGAAAGUCGACACCUUUAUGCUGUAUUUCACAUUUACAACAGUAAUAGGAGUUCAUUUUUAUUUUUCUUUACUGACAUAUUGAAGUUUACCAGUCGAAGUUGGUUCCUAAUUUUUAGGAAUAAUUUGUUGCCUCUUUGCCAGCAUUCUCAAAGAACAAACAUUUCUGCUGAAAAGGGAAUGGCGUCGAAAAAUGAUCCAUUCCAAUUUCAAGAAUUUGAUGAAGCUGGGAGUCUUCUGGAAUCUAACAGAGAUGCAGUCACCAUUAGCAUUGAGGAUGAGGAUUUAAAAUCCAAGAGGCAAAGAAGUGCUGCUGGUUUUGCUCAAGAUGUUGGUGAUGAAGAACCACUCAUCAAUGAGGACAGAGAAGAGCUUCUGUCUGGGCAAAAGAAAAAUGCUCCUUUCUGGACAUUUGAAUACUACCAGAAAUUCUUUGACAUUGAAACCCAUCAUGUAAAGGAGAGGAUCCUUGGCUCACUGGUGCCGUGGCCUGGAAAAAACUUCAUUCAAGUUCACCUUCGUAAAAACCCAGAUCUUUAUGGACCAUUCUGGAUUUGUACCACUCUUGUGUUUGUCAUUGCCAUCAGUGGAAACCUAUCUACUUUCUUGCGAUGCCUUGGCAGUUCAAACUAUAAAUAUACCGCAGAGUUUGGAAAAGUGAGCAUAGCUGCCACAGCCAUUUUCAGCUAUGCAUGGCUUGUGCCUCUUGGACUCUGGGGUUUGCUGCUGUGGAGGAGCAAUAAAAUCUUGAACCUGGUGUCAUACUCGUUUAUGGAGAUUGUCUGUGUCUAUGGAUAUUCGCUGGCAGUUUACAUUCCAGCUGUGGUUCUGUGGAUUCCACACGUUGAGUGGCUCAGGUGGCUCUCCAUUGUGGUGGCUCUCUGCCUGUCCAGCUCAGUACUGGUGAUGACUUUCUGGCCUGCACUCAGAGACGACCACCCCAAAGUCAUCAUAGCAACCGUAGUAGGCAUUGUGCUGCUGAACGGGCUGCUGGCUGUAGGCUGUAAGAUGUACUUCUUCAGCGAACCAAAGCUUGGACCAGAAAAUGUCAGUCCCUCUGCAAUAAAGACCACCAAUAGAACAUCAUCAUGAAGUACCUGCAUUCAUUGGGGGAAGGUUCUCCAGUUGCAUAUUAGAGAGACUCAAGUUCCUGCGUUGAUGAAGUCAUGGGUGUACUGGAUUUCACCGGCACCUCGGCCCUUCCGGAUUAAGGCCUUAAAGGCCGACUUGUAACUUCGGUGCAACGUCAUGACCUCUGAAAAUGAAAACUGUUCUUCAGUAUGUUACUUCUAAUGGGAUGGCUUCUAAACUUACUUAAGUUAAUUGGGGUGUAGUAUUACACAGCACACACAAUGUUAUUGUGGUGGUGGUGUUGUUUCCAGCUUUAUAGCUCUAAUGUUAAAAUGUAAAAGAAAAAAGUGGUUGGUGAUUGCAGGAUCAGUGAUAUUUCAUUGAUCUAUUUCUUUUUAUAAUUUUUAUAGUUGUUUCAUACAUACCCGCUGAAGGUAAAGGUGUUGUACUUUCUUAAUAUCAAGUGCCCUUAACUAUUGCCAAAGCCUGGCAAGAUGUCAAAGUAAUGUUUGUAAAUAUUCUAUAAAUAAUUUGUUGUCAUUAUGGCUAAUUAUAGUAAAAUCUAUUAAAAUCCA